AUGUUGGACAUACACUCGAUAGCAAGGUAUCUGAACCAACGUUACUAUAUAGCUAAUGGUUCAGUGUUGAUUGGAUUCGUAUUGCUGCGACUGUUCAAUCAGAUCGAGAAGUCUGCAGAUGAGAGAUUGACAAUAUAUUAUGCACUUGGAGCUACUGCUCUCAAGUUGAUGAAGAAUAGACGCAUUGAUAGUCUUGACUUUGUACUGACCAGUAUCAUAUUCGUUGCCAAGUUGCUUACAUUAUACCUACUUUACUCAGUCCAGAACUAUCCCUAUCUAAUACUUUAUACAUUAACCUAUGCUUUGUUGUUCGCCAUACUCCCUCAACCAGUUGCAGCGAUACAGUCGACAAAAGUGGUCUAUCUCAAUCAGUUGACGAUGGCCGAUAGACUGGCGGAUAGUGCCGCGGCACCAGGCGAUGAUUUCUGGCUGAUCGAAUUUUAUGCACUAUGGUCUCCAGUGUCAAACUAUCUGGCAACACCAAUGUCCACGAUAGCCAAUCGCUACAACAAAACACUGCACGUUGGCAAGGUGGACGUGGGCCGAUGGAAGCCCCUGACGGCCAAGUUCCAUCUGGACGACUCUGUUCGCAGCAAACAGAUACCCAGUGUUAUACUGUUUAGGAAUGGUGUGGAGUUGAUGCGAAUGCCUUAUCGAAAGCAUGAGUAUCAGUUGCCAUAUAAUGCUGCCGACAUAUCCAGUGACUUUAGCGCACUAUCAUUAGACACUCAAGAGUUAAUCGAAUACUUCCAACUUGAAAAGAAUCGCAACGCCUCUGCCAUUGCUGCUGCUGAGCAUCUUGACAAGCGUGGCAACACAAGGAAGAGCAACAACAAUGGUAGCGGUAGCGUCAGUAACAGCAGCAGCAGCAAAAAGACCAACUAG